AUGGAUCCCACCGAGCGACACGCAGCCGGGUUAUGGAAGAGACACGCACCUGACCACCAAGGUCAACGAUUCCGGCGUCAAAACUUUACCAGGACCCCAAGAUUUAUCAAAUAUUGUCUUUUGGUGGUGCUUCUAUUACUCACAUUUGCCAUAUACCAGGAAGAAACUAUAUUCACAAGAGCUUCCGGACACGCCCCUACGCCCUCAGACCAAUCUCCCGUGGAUGAAAGAGCAUCUUUAUCAUCCUCGAUCUCUACGCAACCAAACCACCCCAGCAUGUUCUAUCCCAAGUUCGGCAAAUGCACCGCAUCAUUUGGCGACCCCGAUCCCCCAUACGAAGCCGCUAUCGCCUCCCACGACCUCCAUAACCAAAUCCACGGCUACCCUCACUACAUCCUCCGCGAGCACAUGAUCCGUGGAUUAUGGUCCAAACACGGCUGGAUCAUGACCGUCAUCGGACAAGAGCUCUCGAAACCUGAAGAGCAGCGUUUGAAAUGGCUGAUGUGGCACGAUCGAGAUACCGUACUCAUGAACCCGCAAAUUCCAUUGGAUAUCUUCGUUCCUCCAGAAGCGAACUUCAGUCAUAUCAAUCUAUUGGUUACCAAGGACCGAAAUGGGCUAAAUAAUGGGGUGUUCAUGAUCAGAGUGGGGCAGUGGGCGAUGAAGCUUUUUGCGAGCGCGUUGAGUAUAAGGGAGUAUCAGCCGGAGCUUGUGUUGAAGUAUACGGAGCAGAGUGGGAUGGAGGAAACAAUCAAGCGAGUAGGUUUCUCUCUUCCCAUAAGCUGUAUCUGCCAACACCACUGA